UCCAGGAAAAGAGGAGGUGGCUGAAUAGAGGAGGAUAUAAGAUUGGUUCUGCUCCUCCCUUUCUUUCCCUGCUUUCCCCACACCUCCCUCUCCCCCACAGCAGCCUUCUCCCCCACAGAGACUGGGAUAGGAUGAGGGGGGCGGAGUUGGGAACUGAGGGAUGGGAAGCCCCAUGAUGCCCUGUAUCUGAAGAAAGCCCUGGCCAGGGACAGCUGUGCUGGCUCAUGCUCUUCUCCUGCUGCCAUCCUUCAGCAGGAUGCUGGGGUCUCUGGGACUUUGGGCAUUACGUCCCACAGCUGUGCAAGCACCUCCAAACAGGCGGACCUGUGUGUUCUUUGAGGCCCCCGGAGUGCGGGGAAGCACAAAGACACUGGGAGAACUGCUAGGUACAGGACCAGGGCCCCCCAGGGUUAUCCGCUGCCUCUACAGCCACUGCUGCUUUGGGAUCUGGAACCUGACCCAAGACCAGGCACAGGUGGAGAUGCAAGGAUGCCGAGACAGUGAUGAGCCAGGCUGUGAGGCCCUCCAUUGUGAGCCAACCCCCCGAGCCCACCCCAGCCCUGGCUCUACUCUCUUCACUUGCUCCUGUGGCACCGACUUCUGUAAUGCCAAUUAUAGCCACCUGCCUCCUCCAGGGAGCCCUGGGACUCCUGGUGCCCAGGGUCCCCAGGCCUCCCCAGGUGAGUCCAUCUGGAUGGCACUGGUGCUGCUGGGACUGUUCCUCCUCCUGUUGCUGUUGCUAGGCAGCAUCAUCUUGGUUCUACUACAGCGAAAGGCCUGCAGAGUACAAGGUGGGCCAGAGCCAGAGCCAGACUCAGGCAGAGACUGGAGUGAGGAGCUACCUGAGCUGCCCGAGCUAUGUUUCUCUCAGGUUAUCCAAGAAGGAGGUCACACAGUGGUAUGGGCCGGGCGGCUGCGAGGUGAGCUGGUAGCCAUCAAGGCCUUCCCUGCAAGGGCUGUGGCCCAGUUUCGAGCUGAGAGAGCAUUGUACGAGCUGCCAGGCCUACAGCACGACCACAUUGUCCGCUUUAUCACUGCCAGCCGUGGGGGCCCUAGCCCUUUGCUUUCAGGGCCCCUGCUGGUACUGGAACUACACCCCAAGGGCUCCCUAUGCCACUACUUGACCCAGCACACAAAUGACUGGGGGAGUUCCCUGCGGAUGGCACUGUCUCUGGCCCAGGGUCUGGCAUUUCUCCAUGAGGAGCGCUGGCAGGAUGGUCAAUAUAAACCGGGUAUUGCCCACCGAGAUCUGAGCAGCCAGAAUGUGCUCAUUAGGGAAGAUGGGUCAUGUGCAAUUGGAGACUUGGGUCUUGCCUUGGUGCUCCCUGGCCUCACUCAGCCCUCUGCCUGGGCCCCUACUCAACUGCAAGGUCCAGCUGCCAUCAUGGAGGCUGGCACCCAGAGGUACAUGGCACCAGAGCUCUUGGACAAGACUCUGGACCUACAGGACUGGGGCACAGCCCUCCGGCGAGCUGAUAUUUACUCUCUGGCUCUCCUCCUAUGGGAGAUCCUGAGCCGCUGUCCUGAUUUGAGGCCUGACAGCAGACCACCACCCUUCCAACUGGCCUAUGAGGCAGAACUUGGCAGUACCCCCACCACCUGUGAGCUAUGGACCUUGGCAGUGGAGGAGAGGAGGCGUCCCUACAUCCCAUCUACCUGGUGUUGCUUUGUCACAGACCCUGGUGGGCUGAGAGAACUCCUAGAGGACUGCUGGGAUGCAGACCCAGAAGCACGGUUGACAGCUGAGUGUGUACAGCAGCGCCUGGCUGCCCUGGCCUGCCCUCCGGAGGUCCCCUCCUUCCCAGAGAGCUCUCCACACAGCUGCCCACCUCUCUGCCCAGAAGACUGUACUUUACCUCCUUCUCCUGCCAUCUCGCCCAUGGGCUUUAGUUGAGUGCACGCCACUUCAGCAACCCCUAGCCUGAGCCAGAACAAGACUGUCUUUGAAAACAGCCCAGCAUUGUGACGAGUGCCUGUAGUCCCAGCUACUCAGGAGGCUGAGGGAAGAGAAUCACUUGAGCCCAAGAGUUUGA